CGCAAUAGUACAAAAACAACGACAUGCAUGGGAAAUGUUACGGCUGCGAAAAUCUUGGCGGAAAUCUCAACGGACUAGAGCGAUUCGGAUAAAGUAUAGAUACGUGGAAAAGAUUGGGGUAAUCUUUCGAAACGUGACAGACAGCAGGCCAAACUCUUUGUUUACUCGGACGAAACACUAGAUCGUCGCGCAGGCGCGAAGAGACAGGCCCAGCUUGUAAAGCUGGAUCGAUGCAGCUUUGAGAGAGCAGGCGCGAUGGACUAGUGGCGGUCUGGUAUCGUUGGUAUGGUCCCGACGUGGUGUUCUGUGUCGUGUGCGAUAUCGAAGGCGAUGGAUGUGCGGCGAUAGAGCUAGUUUACACCGAUCGUUUUGAUACGUACCAAGUACUAUGUUCGUACUAAAUGAAUUUUAGCCUCCAGACCGGUGUAAACGAUGCGUAGUACGAAUAUAGUGCGAAUUUAGUACGAGAAUAAGACGUACGGUGUAAACUAAAUCGUAAACUGCACGGUGAGUGCAAAGUGAAGGAAAAAGAGGCGGCGGUGGAGGAGGUGGCGGCGGAAAGGGAGGAGGAGGCGUACUGCUGGGGCGUUUCCUGUGUAUCGGUGUCGCGCGUCGGUGCUGAUCUAAAAAUAAUAAAAUAAUAAAAAUGCUCCGCAGGUAGAAUCGCGCGAUCGAAUGUCUUUUCGAUGCGACGAAAAUGGUGAAGUGUGGGAAAAAGUGGGCUUUGAGUGAAGGCUUCAAUACCUCGAAUCAUGACAGAGACGUCGGACGAUGAUAACUGUUUGGUGAAGGUCCACGCCCAGGUAAUGACAAGAGAUGACAGUUCCGGCGGUUGGAUUCCUUUGAGUGGAGGUGGCUUAGCAAAUGUUUCAGUUAUACGUAAAGUUAUUUCAUCAGAAAUACAUCAAACAAAUAAUACCAAUGGAACUGGUGUGUCCGCUACCAUAAAUUCUGCCUCUAACACAGCUGUUGGUCCUCAAAAUCACGAAUCUUCUAAUAUCUCCCCACCUGUAAAUAAGAGAAAGCACGAAUAUGUUAUUUAUGGCAAACGCAUCAAAGAUCAAUCCGUUGUCCUUAGUUGUACAAUCAAAAAAGAUUUUGAAUAUAAUAAGGUAAUGCCAACUUUUCAUCACUGGCGAACAGGGGAAAAAAAGUUUGGACUAACGUUUCAAACGGCUGCUGAUGCAAGGGCAUUUGAUAAAGGUGUUCGAACAGCAGUUGAAGAAUUAUUAGAAGGUCUGUCUGAGUUAACGUUGACCACCAAUGCUGCAGAUGCUGGAGACGAGGAUGUUUUUAUGACUUUGAAUUUGCCAGUGGAACAACUAGAAUCACAUCCAUCUUCAGACACAUCUCAUAUAGCUCGAGUACACUGCAUCGGUGAUUCCUCUAUUAAAGAUCCGCCGUUACAACAUCCCUUGGCAUCCACAGCAAAUAUCGGAUCGGAUAAUUAUCCCUAUGUGCAGCUUACGACAUUUAACCAUGAAUAUUUAUAUCCUAUCAUCGAUGAUCGCAAAGGUGAAAGAUUGGACGGACAUAAUACCUCCAAUAGUGGAAGUACGCUGAAAACGCCAAGUAUCAUAAUGUCCCAACCUUCAGCAAAUAUUGUGAAACGCAACGUGCCUGUACGCUGCAAACAUUGUCAAGAGCUAUAUUCGGUACAACACAAUCCCAAAGGUUCCUGUGAAUAUGCUCCUGAUCCAUUUAGACGUGGAAUCGCAAUAGUAUCUUGUUUAUCAUGUGCUCAAUGUAUGCUAUAUCAUUGCAUGAGUGAUGCGGAAGGUGAUUUUGAACAAAGUCCUUGUAGUUGUAGCAUGGAGGAAGGAUGCGGACGCAGAUGGUUUGGUUUGGCAUUAUUAUCACUGAUCGUUCCUUGCUUAUGGAUAUAUCCUCCACUUAAAGCUGUACAUUGGUGCGGGAUGUCAUGCGGAAUAUGUGGCGGGCGUCACGAUCCUGUGGGAUAGCCGGAGAAACUUUUUGCUGUUUCUGCACAAUGUUGAACUGGAUCAAGAAAUUUCUUUGCAUUAUACAAUGCAGUAAAUGUGUAUAAAUGUCACAUUAAUUGCAUUAUUUGAUGUGGAACAAACGGAGCAUAGGUUGCUGUCAAAAGUAUCAAAAAAAAUAGACAGCUUCCAGUACACGCACUCCAUCAUCAUUUUUUAAAAUUGAUCAAAGAGAAAACACCCGGUGUAGCACAAGAUAUAUUACAUGUAGUCCCAUACAAUGUAUAUUCCUUAUAUUUUAUAUACUUUAUUAGCAAUGUGCAUUAUUUAAUCUCACCACACGUUAAUUUGUUGUGCAGUCAAUUAGUAUUAUUUGACUUCAGCAAUUUAAUGUGAGGUAAAGAUAUUAUCAAAGGAGUGUGAUCAUAUGCUAAAAUCCAAGACAACAAUUUUCUGAAUAAAUUAUUAAUUGAUUAAAUAUAAAUGAAAGUUAAAUUUUGUAUUUUUAUCUUCAAAUAUACUGUCAGUUGUUGUUCGUCUAUUUGUCAAUACUAUUGUUGUUUAUACUAUUAACUCAAAGGAAUUUGCAAACAAUACCAGCAGAAUUAACACAUUUCUUAUUUUUUUAAUUCUAAAUACAAAAUAUGAUGUAAAAACAUUAAAAUAGAUUAACAAAGACUGGCUAGUUGGUUUUGCAAUUUAAGUUGGAUAAAUCAAAUUUUAAUAAUCAUGAUACAUCCUUUCUCACACUGAUAAUUCCAAGGAAAUGUUUUUAAUUACCUUAUCUGUUUCUCCUUUAAAUAUCAUGGGGCAAACCGCUUCAUUGAACUGAGUAUAAAAAAAUUUCUUUGUGUUGGUCCACAAAAACUACACUCUACAAUGUGCACCAUGUAUCACAAAUAGAUGGUUCAAAGUCCAUUUGCUGCUUUCCAUAGAUUGAUCUAUGGAUUGUAUUGUAUAUGUAUAUUUCAUAAAUACUAUGUAUAUAUAAAUUUGUCUAUAUUGUAUAUUCAAUAAGUAUUGUAUAUACUCAAAAAAAAUAUUGUAUAUACGAGGUUUGACAAUAAAGUUCGCGAACUCAUUGCGGCAUCAUUGCUA